GGCUGGGGGGGCCACGCCGCCGCCUUGACCCCGCUGCUCGUCUCCGUGUCGCCCGCAGGCCUUCCUCCGCCACCGCCACCGCCACCGCCGCCGCCGGGCCAUGGAGGGCGGCACGUCGCGGCCCGCCGGCCCGCCGGGGCUCUCGGCCUACGUGGCCCUGUCGCAGGCGCUGGGCCUGGCGGCCGUGGCGGCCACCGGCGCCUGGCUGGGCCGCUACCGGGGCGGCGUGGCCUGGGCCGGCGCCCUGCGCCUCAACGUGCACCCGCUCUGCAUGGUCGUGGGCAUGGUCUUCCUCCAGGGCGACGCUCUCCUGGUCUACCGGGUCUUGAGGAAGGAGGCCAAGCGCUCCACCAAGGUGCUGCACGCGCUGCUCCACGGCUCCGCGCUGCUGGUGGCCCUCGUGGGCAUCGCCGCCGUCUUCGAGGCGCACGGCGAGAAGGGCAUCGCCCACGGGUACAGCCUGCACAGCUGGUGCGGCCUGGCCGCCCUGGUGCUCUACGUCGUGCAGUGGCUGCUGGGCUUCGGGUUCUUCCUCUUCCCCGGGGCGGCCUUCGCGCUGCGCGGCCGCUACAAGCCGCUGCACGUCUUCGGCGGCGUCGCCCUGCUCGUGCUCUCGCUGGCCGCCUGCCUGCUGGGCAUCACCGAGAUGCUGCUCUUCAACAUCAGGGACUCCUACAGCCAGUUUGCGCCCGAGGGUGUCCUGGCCAACACCCUGGGGCUGCUGCUGGUGGCCUUCGGGCUGGUGGUGGGCUACAUCCUGACGCGCGACGACUGGAAGCGCCCGCCGCUGCCCGAGGAGCUGGCCCUCUCCAUGGACUUCAAGACCCUCACGGAGGGCGAGAGCCCCAGCGGCAGCCAGUGAUGCCCCCAGCCCCCCCGGUCCCCGGGCACGUGGGCGCCUCGUCGCGUGUGGUCGUCGCUGUCGGAUCCUACCUGCGUAGCCCAGCUCCGGUCCCCGGCGCCGGGAAGAGCCUUUGCACGGGGCUCUGUCGGGCUCGGGGCCCACGGGGGCAGCUGGGGAAGGACACGCUUGUUGGUGUGAUGCUGGCCAUAGGGCGCAGCAUCACUUGGUCUUAUUCCUCCUUUGCUCUGGCCCGUCGCAGCCCGGCUUUGCAGCGCCAGUGAACCCUCCCUGCCCAGGGGAAGAGCCGCUCCCCGGGGAAAUGCCGGGGCUGGAUCCUCCCCUGCCACGGGCAUCGCUCCGUAGCAGUCUGGUCCUUACCUGGCAGCCCUGGUCCUACCUCCCAGUCCUACCUCCCAGCCCUACCUCCCAGCCCCGGUCCUACCUCCCAGCCCUGCUGGCACCCUGUUUGCACAGCGUUGGAUCCGUCAGCGGCUUUUUCCUGAAAAAACCCGUUCUCCUUUCAGGGUGACUCAGGUUGAGUCACCUGCCCCACUGGGACAGCGGCUCCCGGCCGCCUUCCCUUGUCCCCGCUUGUCGGCACAUUCGCUAGGCUCAUCUGCAUCUUACGCUUCCCGAAAUCGUGCCAAAGGACUGCUCUGCUGAUGGAAACCACAGGCCGGGCUGUCCCCGAGGGGAUUUUCCCUGCUGCAGGUCCCUGCAGUCCAAGGCCCAGGAGAAGCCGGGCUCCGAGCUGAGCCUGCAGAGAGCCCUGGCCCCUGCGGGAAACGUGCCUCAAAAAAAGAAAAAAAAAAAAAAAAAAAAAAAAAAAGCAACUGCCAUGGUCCAUUCGUGUUUCUUUAUGCCAAAGAGCAGAUCCGAUGUUUACAAUUGCCAGGAUUUUCUACUCGUUAUUUUUAACCCACCUCAUUCAAGCAGCCGCGUGUCAGGGCUGCUGCUCCCGACAGGGCUCCCCGGGCGGCUCAAAGCACUAAAAAACGGGCUGCGCAACGGUGAUGCCUUAACGCUUGAGAUGGUUUGUCCUCCUGUGCCAUGUAUCGUCUGCUUCGUGGAUGCUCCUGACCUAAUAAAUAUUUGCAGCUAA